AGUCAGUGCAGAGAAACCUCCUUUACCUCGAGGACUUCACUUGAAUCUUGUCGUCGCUUUCUUGCCAGAUAUGUUCGCAUCACGAAUGGUAUGGUCAGCAUUGGUAUUGUCUCUGUUGGUAGCACUCGCAGCCUCCGCCGCCACCUGGGAUCGCUCUUUCCGCGAUGAGGAAGAGUCCCCGAAGUUCCUGCCUCCUUCUCCCCCGGACUCCUCUGCCGUGGCCCUGACUCUCCUCACGGACGAGGAGCACAGCCUCAGCAAGCGCUCUAGCUACUACAACUCCUGCACGGGCGUUUACGACCGCGAACUUAUCGCCAGGCUCGACCGCGUGUGCGAAGACUGCUACAACCUCUACCGCGACGUCGAGGUGGCUGUGGGUUGCAGGAAAGGCUGUUUCCACAACGAGGUGUUCCUCUACUGCGUGGACUACAUGUUCCGGCCUCGCCAAAGGAAACAGUACCGGGCCGCCCUGCAGAGGCUCGGCAAGUAGGCGGUUCCUCUUCGGCCAGACCCGCGGGGUCGCUCGCCAUGCGACUCCCCAGACGACCAGACUCCAGAAUCCAGACUUGGUUAUUCUUAUAUUACAAAACGAAUGGAACUGCAUGCUACAUUUUGAAACGUGUAUAUCAAACACCGAGGACGUCAGUUUCCUUUUCUUUAUUGUUAUCAUUUAGUAUGUAGAAGUAAAAUUCUACUGAUAGAUCAUUUGUAAGAGUAAACAAUAGCAAGCAUA